AUGCGACCCUCAACGGCGUGUUUGAACUGUAGAAGCUCUAAGCGCAGAUGCGAUCGGGCAGCUAGCUCGGCAGCAUGUUCCCAGUGUGUUCAGCGAAACUUGCAAUGUCCAACUACUAUCACCAGGUCCCAACUUUCAAGAGCAUCAGGUGUUCGAGAUUCUCCGCGAUCUAUUCAGUCGUUCCACACACAAGACGAGACGAUGUACUUGGUAGACCUUUACUUUCGCUUUAUUCAUGACUCCCCUCACAGCCUCUUCCAUGAGCCCACCUUUAAAGCCAGUGUUGCAGAAGGUACAGUGUCCAAACCUGUUCUCCUUGCUAUGCUAGGUUUGUCUGCAAGGUUUGCUACAGAGUCUGGUAUUGUUGCUCGUGGGCCAAUGUAUCGCGCUCAAGCGACUGCAGCAUUAAAGGAAGAUUUAGAACAUAUCUGUAUCGAGAACAUCCAGGCUUGUAUCCUCGUUGGCAACAACUUCUUCGGACUUGCAAGUCGAAUGACUCAAAUCCUGAAGUUGGGUGAGAUUGAAGAAGGUGAUGACGGUGUAAUGCGAGAAGUCAAGAGACGUAUAUUUUGGACGUGCUUCAUUAUCGACACUUGGGCUAGUGGAGGUUCUAACCUAUCACCGCAGUUCAGAUGGCGAACCAAACAACCUCGAGGACCACUCGACGAAUACAUGUUCUACAGCAUGAGAUCGGGAGAUGGAGACGUCGCAGACUUGGAUUGGAAGCCUGGAUUGUGGGCUCAUAUGGUCAGAUUGGUUGGGUUAUAUGCUGAGAUACAGAACCUCCAGCAAGAACUCGCGAAUGGGGUUGAGUGGAACGAAUCCUUUAUCGAUGAGUCAGUACAACGACUUGAAGCUGAGCUCGGGGCUUUCGAGGAGGGUUUGGGUCCUGAAUUGAUGUUCUCAAGGGAAAAUCUGAUUCCUUUCGUCAGGCGUGGCUUAGGGCGCGUCUUCAUUGCCUUUCAUCUGGGCUAUCAUCAUUACUAUACGCUUUUAUUUUACCAAUACCUCGACCAUCGUCGACCACCGACAAGAAACGGCCGCAAGUACGCUAGCUCCUGCAAAGCGCAUGCUGCCAUUGUAUGCGACGUUCUCAAGGCCUCCCGAGAGGUCCCCGGAGCCGAAGCGCUCUACAACAUCGUGGGACAUGUGACAAUCGUGUCCUCGUCAGUGUUGUUGCACACAUAUCUAUUCGGAGAGUCUCAUGAGCUUGAGGAGUCAAGAGACCGGCUAAGUUCAAACCUCGAAUCCUUGGUACAACUGAGAAAUUACUGGCCCAGCGUGGAGAUGAUGAUCAAACGACUGGUUGUCUUUCAAAAGAAUUGCAUUCAAUCAAUGAAUGCAGAAUCUUACCGAUUCGACAGGUGGAUGGUCAAGUUCCUCAUUGCUCACGCACUUACUCUUGAAGACAAGGUGGAUGAUAGCUGGUCAGCUGCCAGCGUGGAUGCAACAAACGGAGAUGCCCAUCUAGAACGAGGUCGUAUCACUCAAGCCAUGAUUAUGGAUAUACAAAAUUACGAUACAGAGACAUGA